CACAUGACAGCUCGGGAGUCUCCUGACUCGCUUCUCCCGAUUGUUUUGUCGUAGGGGUAUUAUUGCAGGAAUAAGAUGGCGGCGGAGAGGGAGCCUCCACCGAUGGGAGAAGCAGGGCAGACCGACUUCAGGGAAGUGGAAGACGCAGAGGAUCUCUUUGUCAGUACUGCCUCAACGCUCGAGUCCAGUCCCUCAUCCCCAGAACCAGCCAGCUUGCCUGCGGAGGACAUCAGCGCCAACUCCAACGGACCUAAACCAGCAGAGAUCUUAUUGGAUGAUGAGCAAGAGGAUCUCUUUGCUGAGGCCACAGAGGAAGUGUCCCUAGACAGUCCAGAAAGGGAACCCAUUCUGUCGGAUGACCCAUCUCCCGCCAUCACUCCAGUGACCCCAACAGCACUGAUAACACCCCGGGUUGAGCCUAAGAUCAUCUCCGUCCCCGCCAUGUUUGAAAGAUCCUUAGACGAGUCUGAAGAGGAAGCUGGCGGUGAUACUUUUGACAUCCAUAUUUCUGUGUCUGAUCCAGAGAAAGUUGGGGAUGGGAUGAACGCUUACAUGGCAUACAAAGUAACAACAAAGACAUCCCAGCCAAUUUUCAACAGGGAUGAAGUUUCAGUGAAAAGAAGGUUUAGUGACUUUCUUGGAUUGCAUAGUAAGCUUGCCACCAAGUAUAUGCAUAGUGGAUACAUAGUUCCUCCUGCUCCCGAGAAAAGCAUUGUGGGCAUGACAAAGGUCAAAGUGGGAAAGGAGGACCUGUCAUCGGCAGAAUUUGUAGAGAAACGAAGAUCGGCAUUGGAAAGGUACCUGAUGAGAACAGUAAAGCAUCCCAUUCUGCUACAAGAUCCUGAUGUCAUACAGUUCCUGGAAAGUUCUGAGCUGCCGCGAGCGGUUAGCACCCAGGCGCUGAGUGGGGCCGGAAUAUUGAGGAUGGUAAACAAAGCUGCCGACGCUGUCAACAAAAUGACAAUCAAGAUGAAUGAAUCGGAUGUGUGGUUUGAGGAGAAACAGCAGCAGUUUGAGAACCUGGACCAGCAGCUGAGAAAGCUUCAUGCAAGUGUGGAAGCACUGGUCCUCCACAGGAAAGAGCUGUCGGUGAACACGGCGUCCUUCGCCAAGAGCGCUGCCAUGCUGGGGAACUCGGAGGACCACACUGCCCUCUCCAGGGCGCUGUCCCAGCUGGCCGAGGUGGAAGAGAAGAUCGACCAGCUGCACCAGGAGCAGGCGUACGCAGACUUCUACCUGUUCUCCGAGCUGCUUGGGGACUACGUGCGCCUCAUCACUGCUGUGAAGGGCGUGUUUGACCAGCGGAUGAAGACGUGGUCCAAGUGGCAGGACGCCCAGGUCAUGCUGCAGAAGAAGCGUGAGGCCGAGGCCAAGCUGCAGUUCGGCAACAAGCCGGACAAGCUGCAGCAGGCCAAGGACGAGAUCAAAGAGGAGAUUGAGGAGUGGGAGGCCAAGGUCCAGCAAGGGGAGAGGGACUUUGAACAAAUUUCCAAAACCAUUCGCAAAGAAGUGGGAAGAUUUGAGAAAGAACGAGUGAAGGACUUCAAAGUUGUUAUUAUUAAAUAUCUGGAGUCACUAGUGCAUACACAGCAACAGCUGAUAAAAUACUGGGAGGCAUUCUUACCCGAAGCCAAAGCUAUCGCAUAAACAAAACACUCUUUGCAAACUAGGCCCGGCCGAAGAUCCCACCGCUGUUUACGUCAAAAUCGCACACUUAAACCAAGAUGCACGGAAUGAGGAGAAUCAGAAUGACCACCCAAAUAAACCACUAUAUAUUUUGUAAAUCGCUCACCUCUCGGUCCUUGUUAUUUUGCCCGUGUGCCGUGUCAUGAAGAAGCCGCCGUCCUUAUUUGAAGCCUAAGGACUGUGGCAGGGGGUUCCGCACACCCUGCUCAGAUCAACACUACUGCUUUGUCUUAUCACCAGUAUGAUCUUGGUUUUGUAUCCUUUCUUCGGUUUGUUUUUAAUUUGUCACUUGAUGUGCAAUGUUUGAGUAUUGGAAAAUUUCUGUUGAUUUUUUUUUAAAGCCGUGUCUAAAAAAAUGCUUUUUUUAAAAAAAAAAAACCUUUCAUUUAAUGUUCAGUAUACAUUCCUGUACAGAAACCAUUUGAUUACUAUGAUACUAAUAAAGGAA